AUGGAUCACUUUGAGCGCAACUUUUGGGAUCUGCCUGACGUGGCUGCCUCUCAGUAUGGGCCUGGCGCGGUUUGUUAUGCCUGGCCCUUUGGAGCUGUUGUGGGGGCGUUUUCGUCGAAGGACAUCAUGGACCACUUACUCGGAACGCCCUUGCCGGCUCCGAAGAGACAUUGUGUGCGCCCUGCGAGUGGCCUUUCAUGGAGUCAGCCAAGACCUUUGUAUUCAAGUUACUUGAGCCCUUUUGUUGAUAAGUCAUCGGAUUGGGACGUUGCCCCAUCGCUGACCUGGACGUCUCCAUCCCUCGAAGUAAGCCAAGAAUUCAAGAUCUCCCCUUCACCUGCUCCUUCAGUAAGCCAAGAACUCAAGAUCUGCCCUUCACCUGUUCCUUCAGUAAGCCAAGAACUCAAGAUCUGCCCUUCACCUGUUCCUUCAGUAAGCCAAGAACUCAAGAUCUGCCCUUCACCUGCUCCUUCAGUAAGCCAAGAACUCAAGAUCUGCCCUUCACCUGCUCCUUCAGUAAGCCAAGAACUCAAGAUCUGCCCUUCACCUGCUCCUUCAGUAAGCCAAGAACUCAAGAUCUCCCCUUCACCUGCUCCUUCAGUAAGCCAAGAAUUCAAGAGCGCUCUCGGACCCAUCACGGUCACCUUCCUGGCGCCGCAGGUAACCUCCUCGCCAACUGGUCCUUCGCCCUCCGCCCGCAGAAGGAAGAACGCUCACUGUCAUCUUUGCGACAAGCGCUUCGAGAAUCGAUACAAGUUAAAGAUGCACCUUAAUACCCACACGGGGGAUCGGCCCUUCACCUGCGAUGUGUGCGGGAAAGGCUUCAUGCGACGAACCACCCUCAACGGACAUCGAACCAUACACGACGCCUCUCAGUUCUCGUGUCCCACCUGCAACCGCAGCUUCAAGCGCUCGUCCGAAAGGCUUAUUCAUAUCCUACUGAAGGUGUGUCUGCGGAAGCAAAGAAUCCUUCGUCGGACAGUCAGUGGCUGGUUUUGUGAUGUCUGCGACGAGAGCGUUCCCGUGCCGGAGGAACACCAGUGUCCUGUCAAAGGUCGACGCCGUCAGUGUCCUGUCUGCGGGAUGGACUUCGGCGGGCAGCGCGACCACAAGAUGUUGAGUCAUGUCCGCCAGGAACACCCAGAGUUCUUGGUCUCGUUGUGA